AUUGGAGAAGCAGUUUUUCUUUUUAUCGUCUUCUUCUUCAAACUCUAUCUUAACCGCCAUUUCGGUUGCUUAGUUUGAACUUAUCGGUUAUCGCAUACAAAGAGCUAGAAUUCCAUGGAGACUACGGAUGAACGUUGCAUAAGUAAUAUAGAAGAGGGUGGUGGUGGUGGUGAUCUUCUUCAUGAGCCUCAUCUUCUUCCAAAACAAGAAGAAGAUGAUGAUGAUGUUGGUGAUCAUAUUAAUGCGAAGUCGUCUGCAUGGAGGCUCACUCUUGAUAGCUUUCGUAUUCCAGAACAUGAAAUCCCUUUUUAUCAUCAUCACCGUCACUCUUGUGUUUUCUUUCACCGUCUAUGUACACCAAAAAAACAGAAGAAACUCUCAGAGUAUUACGAGAAACAAGAAAGGCUCCUUGAAGGGUAUGUUAACAUGGACAUCAUGACUGAAAACGGUUCUUGGCCUGAAAGCCUAACAGAGGAUGAAAUGAAGCAGCUUGCAAAAAGUGAGAGAUUGGCAGUUCACAUAUCAAAUGUCACUAACUUGGUGCUUUUUAUAGCAAAAGUUUAUGCUUCUGUUGAAAGCAGAUCUUUGGCAGUAAUUGCCUCAACUAUGGACUCUCUUCUAGACCUUUUAUCAGGUUUCAUUUUGUGGUUCACUUCCAAUGCCAUGAAAAAUCCAAACCAGUAUCACUACCCAAUCGGAAAGAAAAGGAUGCAACCAGUAGGCAUCAUUGUUUUUGCAUCAGUGAUGGCAACUCUUGGACUACAAAUUCUGCUAGAAUCUGCUCGCGCAAUCAUUUCAAAGCCAAAACCUAAAAUGGACAGCGUGCAAGAAAAAUGGAUGAUCGGGAUAAUGACUUCUGUGACAAUAGUCAAGUUUGUGCUAAUGAUCUACUGUCGAAGAUUCAAGAACGAAAUCAUCAGAGCCUAUGCUCAAGAUCAUAUGUUUGAUGUGAUCACCAAUUCAGUUGGCUUAGUCACAGCUGUGCUAGCUGUGAAACUUUACUGGUGGAUUGACCCAACUGGAGCCAUAAUAAUAGCAUUGUAUACAAUUAGCACAUGGGUGAGGACUGUUCUGGAGAAUGUACAUUCACUGAUAGGGAGAACUGCCCCACCGGAUUUUAUGGCGAAAGUGACGUAUCUGAUAUGGAACCAUCACGAAUCGGUAAAGCAUAUAGACACAGUGAAAGCAUACACAUUUGGAUGCCAUUAUUUUGUGGAGGUGGACGUUGUGUUACCAGAGGACAUGUUGCUGCAUCAAGCACAUAACAUUGGAGAGACAUUGCAGGAGAAGCUUGAGCAACUGCCUGAAGUUGAGAGAGCUUUUGUGCAUAUAGAUUAUGAGGUCAAACAUCGACCUGAGCACACCAAGAGCCAUCAAUUAGCUUGAUGAGUCAGUAAAUUAUGUUAUGUAAUAACUGAAACUGAAUAAUCCUAGCACUUAAGAUUUCUACUCCA